ACUACAUAUAUGGAACUUUCUCUUGGAAGAUCAUUCAUUGUGCAAUGUUUUCUUGGAAUCAUUUUAUCUCUAUCAGGAUUUGGAAUUGUUGAAUCACUAGGAAUAAACUACGGUCAAGUAGGCAACAAUUUGCCACCACCAGAUAAAGUUGUAGAGCUAUUGAAGUCAUUAAGAGUCACAAAAACCCGAAUCUACGAUACAAAUCCUGAAAUCUUGAACGCAUUUUCGGGUUCAGGGGUUGAACUAAUCGUGACAGUGGAAAACGAAAUGUUAGCCACAUUGAUGGAUCCUCAACAAGCAUUACAAUGGGUAAAUUCACGUAUAAAACCUUACGUUCCCGCGACCAGAAUAACAGGGAUCGCGGUUGGGAACGAGGUUUUUACUGGGGACGAUAUGUCCCUAGUUGACAACCUCGUUCCAGCUAUGAUUAGCAUCCAAAAAGCCUUGGCUACUUUAGGUUUACAACAAUAUAAUAUUCAAGUUUCCACACCUUCUUCCUUAGCAGUUCUUGCUAAUUCAUAUCCUCCAUCCGAAGGGACGUUUACGCCGGAACUUACAACAAUAAUGACACAACUUUUACAGUUUCUUUCGGCUACGAAAUCACCAUUUUGGAUCAAUGCAUACCCUUAUUUUGCUUACAAAGAUAGUCCUAGUAAAAUAUCAAUAGACUAUGCACUUUUCAACCCGAAUUCAGGAAUGAUAGAUCCUCAUACUAAUAUGCAUUAUGACAACAUGUUAUAUGCUCAAGUUGACGCGGUUAUAUUCGCGAUGGCUCGGUUAGGUUUUGGUGGGAUCGAGGUUCGAGUCUCCGAAACGGGUUGGCCAUCUAAAGGUGAUCCUGAUGAAGUUGGUGCAACCUUUCAAAAUGCAGCCAUUUAUAACCGGAAUUUGUUGAAAAGGCAAUUAAGUGGAGAAGGGACUCCUUUGAGGCCUAAAAUGAGGCUAGAGAUUUAUUUGUUUGCUUUGUUUAAUGAGGAUAUGAAGCCCGGCCCGACUUCAGAGAGGAACUACGGGUUGUAUCAACCCGAUAUGACCAUGGCUUACAAUGUCGGGUUGUCGACUUUAUUGACAAGCACCCCGUCGUCAGCAUCCACCACGACAUCGACAUCUCCUUCCUCCAUCUCCCUUACUUCCAUGGCUAACAAGGUAGAAAGAAUGGAUCAUCAACAACACCUAGUGUGUUGGAUUUCUGUUUGCUUGGUGGCAAUGGCCAUUGGGACAAUGCCAUUUUAGGAAAGUUCAAAAGUCUCUUAUUAUGUACAUACACUAGCUAAACGCUCGCUCGUUGGCCUUUUAAGCUCAAGAUAUCGAUCAUCCGCGUCGUUGAUACGUGCCAAAAGCGCGCUAGCCUCUGUUGAUCUACAAGACGGUCUCAAUUCAUUUGCGUACAAACUAAUUAUUUUUCGUGACAAGCAGGGAUCAAUGUCGCAGGAAAACUAAUUAAUUGGUAGUUGAGAAAUUGUUACCAAAUUCUUUAGUCAAAAAAGGGACAUUAUAUUAUUAGUAUGAUAUAUGAUUAAUUAAUUAAUAUUGUAUGUAUAUGUAUUGAUGUAGUUUUUUCUAUAUCCUAAUCUAUUCAAUGAGAAAAGUAUUAGCAAGAUAUUGAGAAGGCUA